GUAGAGCAGAAGCUCUAUUUUCUUGUUUUAGAUGUCCUUGGGUUGCUUACUCAUUUCAGGAUCCGAGCGAUGGAAAACAGACCAACACACGAAAGAAAUGGACCACCGGGGCAAAGAGUGAAUCUAACCGCGCUGACUCCUUGACCAAAACAGCUGAUGGUUAGAAGACUUCAGUGUAUCUGUAGUAAGUGGUGGCAAAGGCGUCGAUCAUGAACUUAUAAGAUGGGAUACAAUAACACAGUCUCUUGUUUUCAGGUUUUCUCUCUUAAAUUGCACUUGGAAGUCUAAGGAUGACUUCCUUAAGAGUAUAAAUGAUGAAGUUGCAGCACUGAGGAAGACGAGAAGAAUGUAUCAUUGGCACUUGGACUUUGGGAAUGUCCAGUAAUUCUGGAAAUAAUUUGGGAAUGAUGAAUAGCGGACCCACUAUUGUCUACGAGUGGUUAAAAACCCUCCAGUUGUGCCAGUAUGUGGAGUCUUUUGUUGAUAAUGGGUAUGAUGACCUGGAGGUGUGCAAACAGAUAGGAGAACCAGACCUGGAUGCCAUAGGUGUCCUGACCCCACACCACCGGCAAAAGGUUCUCCGAGCCGUGGAGAGACUCAAAUAUGAAGACAAGAAGGUGAAACCAGGACUAUAUUUUACUUUAGAGCCCCUUCCUCAUGGCACAGACCCCCAGCCAUCUCAAAUUAGUGACUGCAAACAGAAUUGCACCAAAUCAUGGGUGAACUCUACUUGGGACAAACCCAGAACUUGUCCAAGGGUUGAACCUACUAUUAACACUAAAGAUGUGGAGAACCAUAAGGAGCCAGUGGUUUAUCCUAAACUCAAGCUGAAGAUCAUGAUAAGGGAUAAAUUGGUCAAGGAUGGGAUUGACCUGAGCAAAAUGCCCUACUCGUGGAAGGAUGGCUCCUUGGGAAACAUUGAGGAUCUGGCCCAAGAAUAUACCGAGUAUUACAGCACAUCUUACAGUGAAGUGUGCGAGAGAAUGGAGGAAUUACGCAAACGCAGAGUGGCUCAAGAGGCGGAAACGGGAAAGGCUGAAUCAAUAUCAUCCCUUCAGCUGCGGUUAGAAAUCCAGGAGUCACUGGGGCUGUCUAGUGCCGUAUCUACACCUGAGGUUGAGAGAAGGCAAUUAAUGCACAAGUCGAGCUCUGAAGACGGAUCGGGGCGAUGGGACAGCAGGAAGAAAAACAAAUCGCUCUGGCAAAAUUUCCGCAAGGCGCAGAAAGGGAGCGUUCGAGCAGCACCAAAAGGGGAGGACUUGGGCUUUGUGGCCAGUGAGAUCACGAUGAGUGAUGAAGAGCGUAUUCAGCUGAUGACGAUGGUGAAAGAGAAGAUGAUCACAGUUGAGGAAGCUCUGGCUCGGCUUAAGGAAUACGAGACACAGAACAAGCAGUCCAACAGCACAGACACGACUGAUUGGACAGACACACCCAGUCCCUCAAUGACCGAAUCUUCUUUCUGUAACUCAAGAGAACAAUCGGAGGAUGAGCUGGAAGAGUCUGUCACCUUUCACCGGCUUCAUAAACUCGUCAAUUCAACUCGACGUGUGAGAAAGAAGCUUAUUAGAAUAGAUGAGGCCAAAAAACAUGGAGCAAAGUACCCUGUGAGCCCUGAAGUAUCUCCCUCCGGUGAGGAGGGUGUCUCUCUGUACUCUGGGGUGCACAAGCAUCUCGCCGUGUCUCAGGGUGAUGGAUUGAGCUCUGUGCUUCAGGAACAGCUCUAUCUGGACAGAGGCUCAAACAGUUUGACCACGUCUCCCUCCUCCAGCAGUUUAGAAACCUACACCAGUCACAAGCUCUUCAAGGUCUUCAGUAAGUCCAGCAGCAUUCACGGUCUGGAGCCCAUCUCAGGACCUGCUGGAGCGGUUUCAGGGCUGGACACGGGCAGCGGUUCCUCCUUCUCUGAGGUGGAUGGAGACGUGGAGCCCAGGAUGUCUCGCUCGAUAACGGAUGAUGAGAUGAGACGAGCCCUGAGCCCCUCAAACUACCAUGGAAGGACCUGUAGCUUUGGUGGAUUUGAUCUCACAAACCGAUCAGUGUUCAUGGGCAACAGCAGCUGUGACCCCACAAAUGAAAAUGGAGAUAUCAGCAUGAAAGACGUGUCCAGAUCCCCCACCCCAUCUCGUAUCUCACUGGGGAAGAAGGUGAAAUCUGUUAAAGAGACUAUGAGGAAACACAUAUCCAAGAAAUAUAAUUCCUCGCCAUCCGAGCAGUCGAGCCCCAGCAGAGCUCCAAGCAGCCCACAAUCUCCUCACACAGACACAGACUCUCUAGAGAAACCCAAACUCAAAGCCGGAGGAUCAGUGGAGAGUUUGAGGAGUUCACUCAGUGGACAGAGCUCCAUGAGCGGUCAGACGGUCAGCACCACAGAUUCCUCCAUCAGCAAUAGAGAGAGUGUGAAAUCAGAAGACGGCGAUGAAGACGAGCUGCCGUACAGAGGACCGUUCUGCGGUCGAGCUCUUGCACAUACAGACUUCACACCCAGCCCAUAUGACACAGACUCCCUGAAACUCAAGAGAGGAGAUUUGAUUGACAUCAUCAGUAAGCCGCCCAUGGGCACCUGGAUGGGGCUGCUGAAUAACAAGGUAGGAACCUUUAAGUUCAUUUACGUGGACGUGCUGAAUGAAGAACAGGAGAAACCCAAACGCAUGAAGAAGAGGAGAAAGAGUCGUCCUCCUAAACCCACCUCCGUAGAGGAACUCUUGGAACGCAUCAGUCUUAAAGAGCACAUGCCCACAUUCCUGUUUAACGGCUAUGAAGAUCUGGACACGUUUAAACUGUUGGAGGAAGAAGAUCUGGAUGAGCUGAACAUCAGAGACCCGCAACACAGAGCAGUGCUGCUCACUGCCGUCGAACUUCUGCAAGAGUGUGACAGCAACAGUGACCCAGAACAUGAAGGAAUAUCAGACGGUUCCCAAGAGAAGCUUCUGUCUGAGGUUCACAUCCCGCCAGGCGACUCUCCUCGCGACUCGGGCUGUUACGAGAGCAACGAGAACCUGGAGAAUGGCAAAGCCAAAAAGACGACUCAUUUAAGCAGGUCUUCAUCAGGCUUUGAGUCCAGUCACCUGCCCUCCCCCGAGUACCCUCCCCCACCCCUUCAUUCCAGCAGAUCCACCCCAAAAACCAGACCAGAUCUUCAGUUGCUCCCACUUCCACUGCAAAUUGAAUCCAUGCAGAAUGUUUGUCUAGGAACGAGCCACUACAUGCUCAAAGGAAGACCCCUCAGCCGUAGUUGUGGUGCCCUGGAUAGGCUGUUAACUCGGACAGAGCUUUGGAAGCGUUGCUUCUCUGCAGAGGAACUUCAUCUGCAACAAAAUCCUGAAAGACAGCAGCCAUGCAGUGCAGAUGACCUCAGGAACACUCCUGAGAUUCCAAGUCAAGCAAGUGGUCAUGAGAAUCCUGUAGCACUGAAUGAGUCUCAAGAGCAUGGAACUGAAGCUCAACUAUCUUCUGCCUCCAACAUUUUAGAGGAUUAUGAAGAGGUGUCUGUAGAUGUAGAAGGACUCUUAGAAGAUCUUUCCCUAUGCACACAAUGCAUAAAACCACCAGUUCCUCCAAAACCACUUCCACUGCAGUUAUUAAAGAGCAGGGACACUGGGAUCAGUAGCACAGAUAUUUUUAUAAACACUUCCAAGCCAGAGAAGUCCAUUUCUGGCUUUGAAAUUAAACGGACCACCAACCCACUCAUCUACAGGCCUGCGAAGAAAGCUCAGAUGGCAAAAAUUGCCAACCUGGAAACUUUGGUGGAGGAGAAGUUGUGCUCUGAUAGCAUUGACCUCACAGAAGAACCAUAUUCUGAUAAGCAUGGUCACUACGGAGUGCCGUUCUCUCUGGUCCAGAGGUACUCUGAGGAUCUCGACAAACCUUUGGGUGACAUUGCCAUUCUAAUCGAUCGGACUAGAGUCCAGCAACUUCUAAAGCAACAUCGUAUAGCAAUCCCAUUGAGAGGGUUGUCAGAGAUAAGUGAUCCCAUAAGCACACCUGGACAUUGUCAAAGUGGACUCCAAGACUUGAUCGGUUACAACGAUAUAUUUGACUUUGAAUGUGUGCAAACUGACUCCGUUUCAAGGUAUAAAGGACUUGAAUGAAAACCAACUUGCGCUGGAAUGAUCAAACAGCAGUACUGUUUCAAAGACUCCCCAGGUGGAUAGUUGCGUGCCUCUUAUUUGCGUUUAAUGAACGCUUUUACCUAUUAAGAUUUGUGUGGGUAAAUCUCUGUUCACACAGAUGGGUUCCUGUUUAGUAUUCUGUCCUUUAGCAUGAUAGAAACUGAAGUAGUUUGACUUGUUUCAUUUGUGACUGUAUUUUGAAUUAAGUCAAUUAUUCAAAAAGGAAUUUGUGUUGAAUAAGUCAUUAUUGCAUUCAUUGCAACAUUUAAAGUGUCAAUUUGACUAAUCCUGUGACUUUAAAGAAGCAUUAAUGUUGCCUUUUUAAAUGUAAAGAUAUAACAGUAGCUUAUUGUUUAUGGCACAGUGAAAACAAUGGAUCAUAUUGAUGAAGCCAGUAUCAUCUAAAUGAUUUUUCUGGAUUUUUUAUUAAUAUAGAAGUAGUCAAAAUACUGAAUUUUGUUUUAAAAAGUUGCCUUUAAUAUAAAGAAUUCUGCAGUUUUGGUGACUAAUUUUUAUUUUUUAUUUUUUUGCAUUGUCUGAUAUUUUGCUUGGCAAUGUUCCAACUGAUUCACAAAAAUAUUUAUUUUGUGCUGUAAUAGGGGUCUUAUUUGAUUAUUUUUCUUGUAACAUUUAUCAGUACCUAUUUCAGUCUAUUGCAUUGUGUUUUGAGGUAAAGAAUGGAGGUUAACGCAGGUUGUGAGAAUGAGCUGUACUGUGAAUGGUUGUAAAUGGCUUUUCAGAGACAAAUGUGGUUUAAAAAUUAAUAAAGUCAACCGUCUUUCAUUUCAUCAA